GUGCAGGAUGCAAGAUGCAAUCUGGAAAGCAAUGGGAGGAGUCUUUAUGCAGCUAAAAUAUACCACUCAUAGCAUAUUUAUACUUUAACAAUUUAACAAAAAUGGUAAAAGGUCAUCACUCAUAGCAUGCACGCAAUGCCCAUCUACAUAUAUGUAUAUGCACAAACAUACAUACAUACACAUACACAUGUAUAUACACAUACGUACACACCCAUUCGUACUCACAUACAUGUACACACACACCCACACGUAUACACAUACACAUAUGUACACACCCACCCUCACAUACACAUAUACAUACACACAUACAUGUAAACACACACGCACACAUACACACAUACAUGUACAUACACAUAUGUAUACGUACACCCUCACUCACACACACAGACACGCAUACACACAUGUAUGCACGCACACAUACACACCCAUACAGGCACACAAACCCACCACACCUGUCACUUUUCCUGACCUGGCUGUCAUCUCCGUUCCAAGAUGUCUCCUUUCUCUU